CUAGAGUAAUAGUAUCUUGCUCUUGCUCUUGCUCUUGCUCUUGUUUAAUGAUGGGAACGCAUAAUUCAGAGCCAUUUACUGGUAUUUCUUCAGAAGUGCCGCUUGAUCAUAAUGAUCAAGCGGAGUGUUUUUCAGAUUUGAAUUUUACAGAGGAUUCGAUACGUUCUACAGGAUUUUCGAAUCGUCUUUCUCAAUCUAGUUUAACACUUCAUCGAUCAGCAUCAUGGCAUCGAUUAUCACCGACACAUUCUGAAAGCAGUCAGAUUUUUUCGGAUAAUAGGGAUAAUUCGAGUCGAGCAUGUUUGAUUCAUAAUGAUAAUACAGAUGGUAUUUAUAAUUUUGAUAUAAAAGAUGUUAUUUCUCCGAUUCCUAUUAUUUCAUCAAAUGUUCGUUCUCUUCCUACAUCGGAAUCAUGUAAUUAUCAUGUUGAUAACAAAAGACAUGGGGAUGCGGUAAUAUCUCAUGUAUCAUCAGGAGAUGUACCAGUUUCCUCGGUAUCGACUACGAAUUCCAAGAAGUGCAAAUAUUCAGGUAUUUUAUAUACGGAUGGUCAACCACAAGAAGCGUAUGAGCAUUUAUCAAGUGAUGAUGAUAGUGCUUCAGUUACUUCACGUCCAAAUUCUCAUAUUGAUUCAACCGAUGCUAAAUCUGAAAAAGUCGAGGAAGAUGUUUGUUUUCCUAUGACCGAAGAAUGUAGAGUAGUAAAAGGAGUUGAUUUUGAGGAAUUGAAUAAGUUUGUCGCUUCUCAAUGUUUAAAGGAUUCAGAUGUUUCUUAUACUAAGUCUCGGAAAUAUAGUACUGGAUCAGUUGUAAAGGGUGCUUUUGCAUCUAAAAAUUAUUUAUCUUUAAACUUGGAUAAAUGCGAAAACAAUGUAUUCGAUGAGGAUUAUAAUGAUAUUCCAUAUAGGAAUAGUUUAUCUUCUAGUGCUAUUGCUUUAGAUUCUCAACAAAAAGUUGAAUUUUGUAGUAAGGCUGAGGGUAUAGAUAUAUCCGAUAGAUUCAGUUUUUUCUCUUCAAACACCGAAAAAACUAUACAUGUUCGUGAGAUUGGAGAUAUUCUUUUGGAAGGUGAAACUUUUCAGGAUAUUUUUGGUCCCGAUCGUGGAACUUGGUGGUUAGAUUGUUUAAAUCCAACUGAUAUAGAAAUGAAAAUGUUACAAAAGGUAUUUUCAAUUCAUCCUUUAACCGCUGAAGAUAUUCGUGUUCAAGAAACUCGUGAAAAGGUUGAAUUGUUUCGUUCUUACUAUUUCGUUUGUUUUAGAUCAUUCGAACAAGAUGCUCAAAGCCAAGAUUACCUUGAACCCGUUAACAUUUAUAUUGUUGUUUUUAGAGAGGGUCUUUUGACUUUUCAUUUUUCUCCAAUCGUACAUCCUGCAAAUGUUCGACGUAGGAUUCGUCAACUUCGUGACUAUGUCGAUAUUUCUUCUGAUUGGAUAUGCUAUGCACUCAUCGAUGACAUUACUGAUGGUUUUGGCCCCUGCAUCCAUUCUAUCGAAAAAGAAACAGAUGCCAUUGAAGAUGCUGUCUUGAUCACUCGAAAUCACGAAUCCAGAGAAAUGCUUCGUGCCAUUGGUUGUUGUAGAAGAAAAGUUCUUAGUCUUUUUCGUCUUUUAUAUGGAAAAGCUGACGUUAUCAAAAUGUUUGCAAAAAGAUGUACUGAAAAUUAUAAUGUUGCUCCUAAAAGCGAAAUCGGCUUAUAUCUCGGUGAUAUACAAGACCAUCUAAUCACUAUGACUCAAAACUUAAUUCAAUUCGAAAAAAUUCUCUCUCGAUCUCAUUCUAAUUAUUUAGCACAGCUAUCCAUCAGUUAUGUUCAAUCUAAUGAACGAAGUAGUGCUAUGUUUUCUAAAAUUACUGUCAUCGGAACCAUUUUUCUUCCUGCAAAUAUUAUUACCGGCCUUUUUGGCAUGAAUGUUGCUGUUCCAGGUGAACACAAAUCUGGUUGGUUUUGGGGAAUUUUCUGGUGCAUUAUAGGAUACAUCGUUCUAGUUUUAUUAAUGGCUCGUCACUUUAAACUUAUUUAGCUCUUAUAUACAUAUUUAAUCUCUCUUUUACUUUAAUUCUACUUCA